AUGCGUCUAAGACGAUCUACUGAAUCACCUCUCAGUAGAAUCAAACGCACGACUGCGCCUGAAAAACAAAUUAUGUCCGAUGAUUCCAGCACCGACCAUUCUUCCGACGGCAGUGAUGACAAUGGCAUCAGAAAUGGCCUAAUUUUCGAACCUGCCGAAAUAUGGUUUUCAGACUCCCAAUCCGAGAGUCUCGAGUGGGAGGAACAACCAGACUUAACCGUAUGCUUUGGAGAGAGUGAUAAUGAUGAUGACUGGGAAAGCUGGGGACAAGGGGAGGAACUAUCUUGCAUUCCCCUCCCCGACCAAACAGAAAUUGCAGAUUCUGCUGCCCAGAAGAAAUUUAACACUGAUAGACGAGGAUACAAGAAGUUGCAAAGAGCCCCUUCCCUUGAAUCUUACAGCCUCAAAUCAGACGGUUCGUCCAAAGCAGAGGAACACCUUGAAGAACAUUUUGACCACAAUGACAUACCACCUACACGACUUGAAAAGCAAUACCAUGAAACGUCGUGCAGUCAACUGGGCAGGGUUGAUGCUAACAGGGUUGCAGGUAACCGCCGUUCGCGCAGCACCUACUUCUCGCCACCAGUUCCGCAUCGCCCCUUUACGUGCACAAUUUGUGGCAUGGCGUUCGAGUGUUACCUUGACCUCCGCUAUCAUUUGUUGACCUGCCAUCCCGAUAACCCAUUUUAA